CUCGUCAUUCAGCUAAGUAUCUCUUAGUUUUAACCAAAGAUGGGACUCUUUUCAGCAUGCAUCGUGGUGGUGACCUGUUUGGUCGCGGUCAGUCUAGGCAAGCCAUUGUCUAACAAGGAACGGCCAAUAAGGAAAUUCGAAUUCAACGGCGAAGUCGUGUACGUACCCGUUGAAAACAAGUUCGUCGACCCGUUCUCAUCCAGAGUACCAGGUGACGAACAGAACAACGAUAUGAUCUUGAAUGAAGAACAGGAGGAAUAUAUUCGUCAGAUGACGGAUGGGCGGAGCAAGAGGAAGGCCAUCAGAGAUGUUGUGUACAGAUGGACAAGAUACGCUGGGGACGACAACGGGGACGUCAUUGUGCCAUUCCAAAUUGAUAGCCCAAGCGAAGAUAUACCAUUCAUAUACGCUGCAAUGGAGCAUUGGACUAACAAGGCGUGUGUUCAGUUUGUACCAUAUUCCGAAUUAGCAGGUUCACUUAGUCAUAACCAAUAUCUUCGGUUCGUGCGAGAGGAUGGGUGCUGGUCAUACGUUGGCAGGCAACCAACAUCAGGCACGGCAGGGAUGUUUCCACAGAAAGUAUCAAUCGGAACUGGUUGCACGGAGCUUGGAACCGUCGCCCAUGAGAUCGGGCAUGCAAUGGGAUUCCAACAUGAACAGUCAAGACCCGAUCGCGAUGACUACGUCGAUGUCGUAUGGAGCAACAUCGAGACUUCACAGCGACACAACUUUGACAAGUAUACUCUCGACGAAGUUAUGAGUAGCGAUGUAGUAGAAUAUGAUGUCAUGUCCGUAAUGCAUUACGGAUCCCACGGAUUCGCCAUCGAUGCCGCUAUGCCGACUUUGCUGACGAAACGACCUUUCGACAUGCAGUACAUCGGCCAAAGGUCGGAGCUCAGUUUCUACGAUGUCAAACUUGCGAAUUACAUAUACAACUGCAAUUCGAGAUGUCCUAGUCCACUUCCUAACUGCGCAAAUGGAGGCUUUGUGGACAAAACAUGCACGUGUCAAUGUCCCCCUGAUUGGACAGGAUCUCUUUGCACAGAGAGCUCUAAUGUCGAUAAAGUCGUGACCGAAAUCACAAGAACUGAGGCAUCGGGGGUGAUCACGUCCCCUAACUACGAAUCGGGACAGUACCUCAUUAACUCUUACUGCAUGAUUUAUAUUCAGGGCCAACCUGGAUCUACGAUAACACUGUGGUUUGAUGAUUUUGACUUGGAAAGUCCAAGCAACGGCAAAUGUUGGGACUACGUCCAGGUUAACACUGAUGACCUUCGAUACGGUGGUGUCAAAUAUUGUGGAAACUCUGUACAAAGCCCGAUAACUGCGACGGAUGGUAUGAUGAUAUGGUUCUCCUCCGACGAAACUGUUACUAAAAGAGGAUUCAAAGCUCACUUCACCAUUGAUAAACCGCUUACAACCUCCGAAGCACAGGCCGUAACUACCGCAGCACCAACCGAAGCACCAGUUGUGACAACCAUUGCACCAACCGAAGCACCGGUCGUAACUACCGUGGCGCCAACCGAAGCACCGGUCGUAACUACCGCGGCGCCAACCGAAGCACCGGUCGUAACUACCGCGGCGCCAACCGCAGCACCGGUCGUAACUACCGCGGCACCGACACAAGCACCUGUUGUGACAACCACAACUGGAGCACCAAUAGCUUUAGUUCAAUCACCGAACUACCCGAAUCUUUACCCAAAUUUGAGGAGAAAUGUGUGGAAUAUUAAAACCCAAGAAGGCCAGCGGAUAUCUGUAUUUAUCAUCGACAUGCAGAUCGAGUACAGUUACAAUUGCCGCUACGACGUCUUAAUCAUCGAUGAUUAUUUUCAACCAAAACGAUUUUGUGGAUCUAGAAGUGAAGACGGUCCCUUUAUAUCCACGUCCAACCGAAUGCAGUUGACCUUCGAGUCCGAUAGUAACGUCCGGUAUAGAGGCUUCCAACUAUCCUACAAAGCCAUAAUAUAGUCGGAAGGCCAACAACGAUACAGUCACAUCGAAGAAACCGAUACCAAACCGAUCGAUAUCUCUACUGAAAAGAACACAGUGUCCCACACUGUGGAACACAAUGUGAAAUCACCUUCACACUGUUAAAAUUUGAGCAUAUUCACGUAGUCGACCAUGAAAAAAAUGUCAUCACGCCGUGUACAGUCACACUAUUGAGCUGUCCACGGCGUGAAAAUAUUUCUACACUGUUUAAUUUGAGCGUUUGAACAGUGUGAAUGAUAUUUUCACAUAGUGGACUAUGUGAACAAACUGUGAUCACACUGUGUUAUUACCAGCAUGGUUGGUUUAUCAGUUGAUCGUGUUACCGAACACCUUUUAUAAAUUCAAUCAUAUCAAACGAAAUGAAAUUCAUCAAACUUAUUCCACCAUGAAUACGCCAAUACCUAUGAAAAAAUGUGAAAUUUUGAGCAGAUGUCCGUUUUCCUUCUUCCGAACGCUCCCCUCUUCACAUGUAAAACGUUUUGGUCGCUUGGAAAUGAUAUCGUAUUACCGAACAUGUAUUUCCUGGAGGAAAAAAAUCAUUAAAUUGCUGAUUAGGCAUUUCGACCACA